AGUUAUAGUAAUUUUAACUCUUCAAAAAAAAAAAAAAAACAACAGAAGCCCAGGUGGUUGGUUAUCGAAUAAUAUUCCGGCGACAUGAGAAAUAAGGAAUGCCGGCAACUUCCGGCGGAGAAGUCACGCGCCACCAUUUAGCGUAGGAAUGCUUACUUUAAACAAUUUCACUAUAACAAACAAACCAAGCGGCAAAAAGAAUCUGAAACCAAAACGCUAACGCUAAAACCCGAAUCGUUACGAAUCCAGCCGAUUUCGAAUACUUUCCAAGCCAUUCGUCCUUGCUCAUCUUCGUCUUCGUCGUCUUCGAUGCACAAAAACAGGCAAAAGAGAAGCAAUUCCAGCGGCUCAGGAGCUUCUCGCAUAUGGGUCUUCUCUUCCCAUGAUUGUUCUAAUUAUAAAGAUAAAGUUGUCAUUGUUUCAUAUAACAUACUUGGAGUGGAUAAUGUGGCAAAGCAUCCUGACUUGUAUCUUCAUGUCCCACAAAAGUUCUUGGAGUGGGAUAGACGUAAAGAUUUAAUAUGUGAGGAGGUCAAUCGUUACAAUGCAAACAUCCUGUGUUUUCAGGAGGUUGACCGCUUUAACGAUUUAGAUAAUCUUCUUCAGAAAGAUGGCUUUAAAGGUGCUUACAAGGUUCGAACAGGUGAUGCACGUGAUGGUUGUGCUCUAUUCUGGAAGGAGAAAAUGUUUACAAUUUUGCAUGAAGAAAAUAUAGAGUUCCAGGAUUUUGGCCUCCGUGAUAAUGUUGCUCAGCUUUGUGUUUUGAAGAUGAAUCAACAUCAAUCAGAGUCUGGUUCCCAUGCAAAGCCAUCAAAGAUAACACCCAUGCGGAGUCGAAGUUUAUUGGUUGGAAAUAUACAUGUGCUGUUCAACCCAAACCGUGGAGACAUAAAGCUAGGCCAGGUCCGGCUGUUUCUUGAGAAGGCUUACAAGCUAUCACAAGAAUGGGGCAGCAUCCCCGUUAUACUGGCAGGAGAUUUUAACAGCAUUCCUCAGAGUGCUAUGUAUCAAUUUCUGGCAUCAUCUGAGCUGAAUAUCCAACUCCAUGAUCGCCGGAGGAUUUCUGGGCAGCUUGAAUAUCCAUCAAAGGGCAGAGAAAUCAGAGUUCAAAAUAAGGCUAUAGCCAGGUGCCCGGUUUGGAUGCCUGUCUCCAAGCAGUUACUGCAUACAUGGAGUGAUGAAGAAUUAGUGCUUGCAACAGGAAAUAAAGGUGUCACUCAUCUGCAGCACAAAUUGAACCUUUGCAGUGCUUAUGUUGGGGUUCCUGGUACACGCAGGACAAGAGAUAGUCAGGGAGAGCCCUUGGCAACAUCUUACCACUCCAAGUUUAUGGGCACUGUAGAUUAUAUUUGUGUUUCAUACAGGCAUACAGGGGAACUUGUUCCUGUGAGAGUUAUUGAAACAUUACCUAUUGAUGUAUUGAGAAGAAACACAAGCCUUCCUAAUGAGAGAUGGGGUAGCGACCAUCUUGCUCUUGUAUGUGAACUGGCCUUUGCUGACAAUCACAAGGGACUUCCAUUUAUAUGUAAAAGAAGAAUUCCCAUUGAGUAAUUUAGCUGAAUGGCAGGCAGUUCAGCUUCACAGUUUUAGAUGAAGCACCCUCAACCAAGAGAAUAGUUUUUAUUCGUAUGUAUACAAUUUAGAAUGAUAACGAUGAUGGGAAUUUUGGCUCUGUUUCCUGUUGAAGGAGCACAAUUUCGUCUGGUUUAUUGUUUAAAAAAGAAAACUUCAACUUUUAA